AAGGUGUGGGCAAGCAUCAAUUUCAAGGGGUCUGUAUUUGUGGGUAUUAAGGGAGUGGAUGUUAAAAGUCAGCAAUGGUGGAAGCAGUCCAGUGUUUACCUGCCAUCAUGACUGAUCUGACAGUGACUGCAUGUUCCCCUUCUCAAGACAAAGUGAGACUGUGGCUGUGGGUGCCGGAUGCGGUUCAGGUGCCCUAUGAAUUGCUUGCCCCACCUUAAGGCAGGAUGCAGAUGCUAGCCUGGCUCCCCUGAGCUGUUCAGCCACCUCCCUGUUACCCUAGACUGGGCUGCUGCUCACCUCCACCCCCACUGUGACAUCCACAAAGGCCUAAGGACAGGCAACAUUGCUGGCUCCCAUCACACAGCCGACUCCCAAACCCUCAAGCCCAAUGGGGACAGCACCCCACCCCACCCCACCCCCUUGAGAGUGCAUAGACCUCCCAGCCUGCCCCAGGCGAUGCUCACAUUUUCCAGUGUUUAGAUUUUAUCCACUUUAUUAAUGAGGCAGGCAAGAGGCCCGGGUGAGGGUGUGGGGGUUGCUUCUGCCCCACUGAGAGGAGGGGGUCGCAGACCAGACCAAUUCAGAGAACCUCAGUCCUUGGCGGGAAGAAGCCGGGCCCAAGUGGCCCUGACCAUUGCCAGCAGCAGAGGUUUCGCCCACUCAAGGCUCCCAGCUCCGGCGGGCAGACAUGCAUGGGGUGGAGCAGCCCCUGGAGGCCAGUGGGGUGCGGGUGGAGGCGGCACAGAGCCGAGGAGCCGCCCCAGGAAGAGGGAGCGGCCUGCCGGGAGCCAGGGAGCAGCUGGCGCGGGCAGCAGGAGCCUAGUUCCGGGCCAUGGGGACCCUGCAUCCUGAGCAGCACUGGGUAAGAAGCCGGGACUUGAGGGUCGGCAAUCAGGGAAAAGGGGAGCAUUGAAGAAAGAUGGGCUAUGGCCAUCCUGGUCUCACUGUGCUCAUGGUUCUCAGCCCAAGGCUGUCUGUCCAUCUGCUUUAGCCCUCAACUAGAGAAUGAAGAACACAAGAGUAUGGGGUGGGCAUCUGAAUGAGGCAGUGCCAGAUUAGUGAGGGGUUGCCAUGGAGACAGGUGUGACUGGACAUCAGAAUGGGAUCCCAGGUAAAGAGGUGGGCCGGAGGAGUCCAAAAGCACGGAAGAGAUCAGAGAUGGGUCCAUGGGGACAGAGAGGACCAUGGAGACAGAUGGGGCUACAGGGCAUAGCAGCUUUGGGGCAUAGACAUGAGUCUUUAUAGAGAUGGCUUGUUUGGGGAGAGAUGAAACUGGAGAUUGAAGAGUAGUCUCUGGAAGCAGGGACAUGGCCAUUGGAAGAGAUGGGCUAUAGUGGUGGAAAUGUUGGGACAUGGACAUCAAAGGUGGGAUUAAAAGGUGAUGGUGGUGAUGUGAGCCUUUAGUCUCAGGACACAAGAAGCAUAGGCAAGUGGACUUAAGUUUAAGGCCAGUUCCAGAGCCAGCCAAAGAGACUAGGAAAGUGGUGGGUGGAGAUGAGGACAGAUACAGAGGGCCUUUGCCAGGUCAGUCAAGUCCCCAAAAGAGUGGACAGAGAAGACGAUGUGGGGGGCAGAGUGAGGUCAAGCACAAGGGAUGGAGCAGUGACAGGUAAAGUGGGAUCUGAAAUGGAGCAGCCAGGGUCAUGUGGAGGUGCCCUGGGCAGAGAGGCCACAUUGUUACAUGGAGUCUGUUUAUGGGUGGUGGGACCCUAGCCUCACUGUGCCCUCUUCUUAUCUACCUAGCCCUCUUGGCCACUGAUAUGAGCCCCUGUGGGCUUAACGAGAGCCUAGUGGACGAGACAACAACGUGUGCAACACCCAGGGUCCCCAACACAUCUGCGGUGCUGCCACCAGGCGAUUCCGGCACAUCACCAGUGCUGCCUAUCUUCUCCAUGACCCUGGGUGCCGUGUCCAACGUGCUGGCGCUAGCGCUGCUGGCACAAGCUGCAGGCCGUCUGCGUCGGCGCCGCUCAGCUGCCACCUUUCUGUUGUUCGUUGCCAGCCUGCUGGCCAUCGACCUGGCAGGCCAUGUGAUCCCGGGCGCCCUGGUGCUUCGCCUGUAUGCUGCAGGGCGUUCGCCUGCUGGCGGGGCCUGUCAUUUCCUGGGAGGCUGCAUGGUCUUCUUCGGCCUGUGUCCACUUUUGCUUGGCUGCGGCAUGGCUGUGGAGCGCUGCGUGGGUGUCACGCAACCGCUGCUCCACGCAGCACGUGUAUCGGUGGCCCACGCACGCCUGGCACUAGCGGCACUGGCCACCCUGGCUUUGGCAGUGGCNNCCCUGCCGCUAGCACACGUGGGUCGCUAUGAGCUACAGUACCCUGGUACCUGGUGUUUCAUUAGCCUUGGGCCUCGUGGAGGUUGGCGCCAGGCAUUACUUGCCGGUCUUUUCGCUGGCCUUGGCCUGGCCGCGCUCCUUGCGGCACUCGUGUGCAAUACACUCAGCGGCCUGGCCCUCCUGCGAGCCCGCUGGAGGCGUCGCCGCUCUCGACGUCUCCGGGAGACCACAGGUCCCGAUGAUCGCCGGCGCUGGGGGUCCCGUGGACCCCACUUGGCCUCUACUUCGUCUGCCUCAUCCAUCGCUUCAGCCUCCGCCACCCUCCGCAGCUCCCGGGGCGGCGGCUCGGCGCGCAGGGUUCGUGCGCACGACGUGGAGAUGGUGGGCCAGCUCGUGGGCAUCAUGGUGGUGUCGUGCAUCUGUUGGAGCCCCCUGCUGGUGCUGGUGGUAUUGGCCGUCGGGGGCUGGAAUUCUAGCUCCCUGCAGCGGCCGCUCUUUCUGGCUGUGCGCCUCGCGUCGUGGAACCAGAUCCUGGACCCAUGGGUGUACAUCCUGCUUCGCCAGGCCGUGCUGCGCCAACUGCUUCGCCUCUUGCCCCUGAGGGCCGGUGCUAAAGGUGGCCCAACGGAGCUGGACCUAACCAAGAGUGCCUGGGAGGCCAGUUCACUGCGUAGCUCCCGGCACAGCGGCUUCAGCCACCUCUGAACGUGCCCAGCCAAAGCCACUGAGCAGGGCUCAAGGGUGUAGAAAACCUCAAAUACAGCAUGCCAUGGGCGAUGUGUCCUGCGGGGCGACAGCACACACUGUGACCACAUAUUGGUGAAAAAAGGCUCCACCCAGACGAGUACAAUUCUAACAUUGGGCACACGAUGGCGUAGACACGGGAUGUUCCAAAUAUCAGAGGUGGGAUCCCCGGGUCAUCAGCUCCAAGAGCAUGUGCACAACCCUGAGUCCUUAGUUCUGAGAUUGGAGCUCCCCUUAAAUGCAGCGAGGUUUUGGAUUCAC